AUGUCAAAUACUCUACCCUCUCAAAUCCAAGCGAACACCAAUCCAACCUCAUCAUCCGCUCAAGUGCCGUCGCCAGUCCAUUCAACCUCCGUCACCCCGGCAAACAAUUCCCCCGCCUCUCCACGCUUGCACAACCCCCAUGUACAUCAACUCCACCUCCAAUCGCGUCAGCUUCGGGCCCCCAAGUCCCCAUUAUAUGUCCCCGCCGUCCUCCGCCCCACAGAGCGUACAUCCAAGCCAUCUCCCCUUACCCCCCCACGCAGCGUCCAUGGGUCCUUAGGUAGCCUGGACGGUCAUUCGGAGACCACGAGUGCUGGCACCGCCACCCGGGGAUCAACCCACGAAAGCGAAAGCCUCAAAACUUCUGUAAGCAAACGUGCUGAGGAUGAGUGGUUGAGGGAUGAGAAUCUCGGAGAGGUUACCGGAACUCCCACGAGAGACCAUUGGAAGGCCGAUUCAGCAUCCCCUACAUGCGACUCACCCACAUGCAGAUCUUUCUUUGGCCUCUUUCUGCGUCGCCACCAUUGCCGGCAUUGUGGCCAUGUCUUUUGUUCCUCGCAUACUCCCCACACCGUCCUCCUUGACCAAAAUGCUCGUUUCCAUCCCGAUGGCAUUCCCUCACGUGCCUGCGACCUCUGCUGGAACGCCUUUCGCCGCUGGGAUAAAGAUCGCACCGCACGACUUAAUGAAAUACAACAAAUUCUUACCUCUCAUAUAGAAGAUGACACACAAGACGGCAAUGCCACAUCCGCAAGGUCUAUGAGAGCCAGUGGCUCUGAAUUUGCUUCAGCUAACAGCUCCGGCACUCUGUCUCCAGGAGCGAACCAAGACGGCGGUCUCGUUGCGAGCAGUGUUCCCAGAGACUGGAGCUGGAGCACAUUCUGA